AUGGCUACCCCUAGUUUCCUUGCUUUUGACGCUGAGGGUCGGGCCAUUGACUUUGACGUCUGGAUAGAUGACCUACAUCUUUUCAUACAAUGUGAUAGGGCGAACGGUCUCUCUCUCUUUGACCUCACCUCGGGUGCCUCUCCUGCCCCUGCUGCUGAUGCUGACGCCACUGCCCGCUCACAGUGGGCCAUACGCGAUGCUGCUGCACGUCUUGCUGUGCGUCGCCACCUACCUACAUCUGAGCGGGUGUUCCCCCUCCCCCCCUUUUGGCCUCUGUUGCCUCUACUGCUGCGGCCGACCUCUUUGGGCUUGAGGCGGUCGGUGCGGCGUCUACCCCUAGUGGGAGACGCCGCUCUGGCAAGGGCAAGGAGGGCAGGGGCGCUGGAGGAGCUAGCGGGGGCGGUGGAGGCGGCCGUGGAGGCGGCGGAGGGAGUGGGGGUGGCGGUGGGGGUGGUGGCGGGGGUGGAGGUGUUGGUGGCGGCAGUGGAGGCGGAGGCGGCGGCGGUGGCGGUGGGAGCGGAGGUGGUGGAGGUGGCGGAGGUGGAGGAGGCGGUGGUGGAGGAGGAGGAGGAGGAGGUCGUGGCUCUUCGCAGAGGAGUGGCUCCGGUGGUGGUCAGCGCCAGCAGCAGCAGCGCAGUCAAGAGACCCUGUCCCCUCAGGAGCUCCGUGAGUGCUUGA